AGUAAGCCGGUAGCCCGUGGGCUACCUGCGCCGUAGUAAUCAUAGUCACUCCGGACAGUCAACGACACUCGUGAGACCCGCAGGCGGAUAGCAGACAAAUUACGAUAAUGCGCUUAUUAAGCAUGUAUCGAUUGAUCUUUCUACUGGCUGGAGCCAAGGCGGCUGGUAUCGGCGAGGCUUGGCAAGUAACGCCGCACGCGAAGUCCGUCUAUACGGAUCAUCCGUUUCGGCCACGACUGGACUCUUCGGCAUUCGAGGUUCGCACUGUAAGCGGAGUAGGUCGUCUAGCUCCUCUCGACGAAUCGACCAACGCUCAGAAGCAACGUCCGGAAUUCACCACACCGAGUUCCAUGGAACCGAACGCUCUUCCGAAUAUCGCGCAGGCAUCUCGAGAGAACAGAAACCUGGAGCAUUUACGGGAGAGUUUCGAGGAUUCAUCGUACAAUGACGGCAACGACGAUGAGAUUGAAGAGGAGGACGUAACUGAAGACGACACCGUUCCUAUUCAAAAGUUGUUCAAAACGAAACUCAUGAUGAGACUACUGAAUCUAGAUAACGGGGACGACGACGAUGACGAUGAGGAGUCUCCAAAUGAGACGAGAGGACUCGUACAACGCGUUCGUCGACAAGCGGAGAAUGAGACGAGCAUGGAAAAAAUCUCGACGACUAAAAGCGUGCGCGAAGCUCGCCUGAGCUUUCCCGAAACAUGGUCGACUUCGGUACAACCGAUCUCGGUGGAGUUCCGUCAUCGUAUCCCUUUGGAGCAGGUGGUGCAGCAGCAGCAACAAGAAGAGGAAGAGGCAGCAUUGUCUAGCAAUUACCGAAGACACCAGGCACCUCGUGCGGACUUCGUGACGAGCCACCACCGACGAAGCUACCCCGAAGGCCGUGAGUCCAGAGACAUGCCGAUUACCAGGAACUACUACGAUGACUAUGAAUCCCCAUGGUACAGGAACACAAUACGCGAAAGAGAUCACGAGGUGCCGUCGUAUCGUCGAGGAUACAGUUACCAGUAUCCCGACCGUUACAGGAUGGAGAGGGACUACUACAUGCGACCGUCGAGUGACCCAUACUAUUACGAUCGUUACAGAGAGGACGAAUUCGACCUCUACGGCAGGAGUCGACCGACGCCCAAGCCCAAGCGAAUUAUCUAUUACGCCACCUUGCCGGAGAUCGUGAGGAAACCGGUGGACCUACGAAAUUACCCGCGAACUCCUUACGAAACAGCGAACACUAUCAGAUCAACAGUCACGCGAGACAGUACCUACAAACGCGUACCGGGCAACGUCGAUCCCAGCAGGUAUCGAUACCGAAAUCUGUACGACGCCUACGAUCCGUACACGAAGAGGUCGAGCUACUAUGAACGUCCCUACGGAUAUUUAGAUUCGGGCGACUUGCGGCGCGUCAAAGUCUCGACGAAGGAGAAUCUGCGGAACGACGGAUUCGAUGCGGGCAAUGAGCGGAAGGUGAGCAAUCUCAUAACAAUCCGCAAUGACGAUGGCAAGCUGCCGUGGCCGGUGCAGAUCGGCACGGAGGUCAACAUCAAGGAAGAUGAAAGGAUCCCCGGCAGAAAGAUCUUCGGCGAGAGUGCUGGCGGCUACGAAAGAUUCCAGAGCGCGCAACUGCAAAAAGCACCGGACGCCACCGGCUCUAGCGAACUCCAAAAUGUCAAUUAAUUAAUUAGUCGAAUGUCACAUGUUCAUAAAUUAUUUCGGAGAAGGAUUAUGUGAACAUAGGUUGGACACAUGACACGCAAAAUUGCACGUGAGAGAGGCUAGGAUAUGCGUAUAAGUAGACACGUAUAAGUAAAAACACAUAUAAUAAACGUCUUCAUAUAAUAUGCAGGGUAUCCCAGGCUUAGAAAGCCAUCUUUCGUUUGAGUUUUUUAGUCAACGCGAGAUCGACUUUUUUUAUGUCGAUGUUUAAUGUGGAUUUUGUGAAUUUAUAAUAUUCUUCCUGUUAUCAUAGGUUAUUACUGUUGCAAUUAUUCGGUUUCAUAUACAUACAAGCAAAGUUGUUGG